GUCUGCUUCGGUUCUGGUUCUACCAUGCUCUAGGACCAUGGUAGAACUCGGCCAUAUGGACUGGCGGUUGAAGUUGAACCUCAACCAAGGGGGGAAAUAUCAGUUGUCGCCAAAACAUUGGUUCAGUUCAAUCAGGUUGACACAAAAAUGCGGUUGAUCGCAACUCAACCUCAUUCCUGAUCAACCAGGUAGACGCCAAAACGCGCCUUUGAGCCAAGGAGCGGACUUUUUCAGAUAGGCAAAGCCCGUGACAACUAGUGACAUUGUGUCAGAUUCAAGAACUGAUUUGUUGAAAAACAAACUCAUAUGACGUUCGACCCAGCUCAUCGUAACAUGGCUGGAGAAAGUGACCAUUAUGAAGAAAUUCAAGAAUCUAUCGACUGGCCCCAAAUUUCGCCUGGGUAUUUUAACGAGGAGGGUGACCGGGUAAGCAAAAUCCCACCCAGUUUGUCGAAAAAAGGGCUCUUAAAGUCCUUAGUGAGAGGGACUAAAUACACUGGAGAGAGUGAGGCUAGCCGGAAGAGAUACUCAGCUGAACUCUCUACUUUGUGGCCCAACUAUCUUUGGAAAGCAUUUGGAAUCCAAUCGAUGGUCAUUCUUAAUGUACCUACCAUCGGUCAAAACAAUAUACAAUUCAACAUGGUCGGUCCUCACAUGGAAACCCUAUUACAACAUCAUUUCUAGCUCUGCUGCAAGCUUUAAAGAGAACAGCCGUGAAAAACAGCAUACACUACCAAGGAUGGUGCCAAUCUCUCCUCUUCAAAUCAGCUCUAAUCCGCAGUCUACAUCACAAAAUUGGCCCAAAAACAAUGCAAAGGUCACUGCUAUUCCGGGCGUGCCAAACAAGUACAAAGUCGCACUCACGAAAAAACAGCACACUCUUUUGAACCAACUGUCUCCACAAAAAAGACUUGAAGAGAGAGAUAAAUUGCUUUCUGAAGCAGUGAGUGUUUUUAAAUCAAAACUCUUGGAAAAUGAAUCUCAAGAUUUAGAGGGGCCUAACGGGCAAAUACCUGAUGGUUCCAGCGAAAAUGCGAGCGCUGCAAAGGAAAAUUCUAAUGAUGCAACAGUACCAGAAGGUGACCAGGUUCAGCCCACCAAGAUUCCAUUGGAUCGCGCUUCUCGCCCUAAGAAGCCACCUGCUAAGCUUGAUUCGUCAACAGCCGAAGUUAAAUCGGGCAGCAAAUACGUUGCAAAGGAUCAAUGUGGAAAUUGCAUCUAUAAAAAGCUUCCCAAAUUAGAGAAAUGGGUUCAGUGUGGCCACUGCAAGCAAUGGUAUCAUUUUUACUGUGUCAAGCUAAAGGAUAGCCAAGUUCCAAAGGUGUUCAAAUGUUGUAACUGUUGAGCCUGUUACAAUUGAAAUCCUCCGAUGAUGCCAAAAACAAAGAAACUUGAAUUAAAUUUGAAAUGUUGAAACUGUUGUUUUUUUAUUUCCAAUCCCUGUUUGGAAUUUGUAUUUUAUUCAAGAAUAAAACCGGUACAAAGACA